AUGCAGUCAAUUAUUUCAAGAAAUGGAUGUGAAACUCCAGAGCCAGUGAAAGCCGAAAUUAAAGGAUCUGUCCCUUCCUGGCUGCAGGGCACCCUGCUGAGGAACGGGCCUGGGCUUUUCUCUGUAGGUAACUCUGAGUACAACCACUGGUUUGAUGGCUUGUCGCUCAUCCACAGCUUCACCUUCAGCAAUGGUGAGGUGACUUACAGAAGUAAGUUUCUGAAGAGCGACACCUAUAAGAGAAACAUCAAGGCAGACAAGAUUGUUGUCUCUGAGUUUGGCACCAUGAUCUACCCCGAUCCUUGCAAAAACAUCUUCUCCAGGGCAUUCACACACCUCCAGAACGUCAUUCCUGACUUUACUGACAACAACUUGAUCAACAUAAUUCGUUAUGGUCAGGACUACUACGCUUCCUCCGAGGUCAACUACAUAAAUCAGAUUGAUCCUAACACCCUGGAAACUAUCGGCAGGAUAAACUACAGGAACCACAUUGCCUUGAACCUAGCAACGGCUCAUCCACACUACGAUGAGGAGGGCAAUACGUACAAUAUGGGGACUGCUAUUAUUGGUUUUGGCCAGCCAAAAUAUAUGAUCUUCAAAGUCCCAGCUGAUGCCUCAGAUAAAAAUCACAAAAAGUCGGCGCUGAGGAAAGUGCAGCAGAUCUGUUCAGUCCCUUUCCGCUCCUCACUUUUUCCAAGCUACUUCCACAGCUUUGGCAUGACUGAGAACUACAUUGUGUUCGUGGAGCAACCUUUCAAACUGGAUAUUGUCAAACUUGCCACUGCCUACUUCAGGGGGGUCAACUGGGGAGGCUGCCUCAAAUUUGAUCAGGAUGAUAUUACUUUUUUUCAUAUCAUCAAUAGAAAAACAGGAAAGGAAAUCUCCACACGUUUUCAUGCCGAUGCCCUGGUGGUUUUUCACCAUAUCAAUGCCUAUGAGGAUGACGGCCAUGUGGUGUUUGACCUGAUCAGCUACAAGGACAGCAACCUGUACAACAUGUUCUACCUGGAGAACAUCAAAAAAGAGACUAGUAACUUCAUCCAGAGCCAUAAGAGUUUCUCCCCACCAUCCUGCCAAAGAUUUGUUAUUCCGCUCAACAUCAACAAGGAGUCUCCCAGGGGAUCUAAUCUGGUGACUCUGACUGACACAACGGCUCAGGCAAUUUUGCAGGAGGACGGAUCAAUCUAUUGUCAGCCAGACACCCUUUUUAUAGGUUUGGAGCUGCCUGGGAUCAACUACAAAUUCAACACUAAAAAGUACAGAUAUUUCUAUGGCUCCAGGCUAGAGUGGUCUCCUCAUCCCAACAAGAUCGCCAAGUUUGACAUCGUUGAAAGGAAACACGUUGAAUGGGUGCAGAAAAACUGCUAUCCUUCAGAGCCAGUGUUCGUCGCAUCUCCCGGAGCUGUGGAGGAAGAUGAUGGAGUCAUCCUGUCAUCCGUUGUUUCUGCGGAUCCCAGCAUUUCUCCCUUCAUGCUCGUGCUCGAUGCCAAAACGUUUGAGGAGAUCGCCCGAGCCUCCAUCCCCACCACUGUCCACAUGGACCUCCACGGACUUUUCAUUCCUGCUGCUGAUUCAUCAUAG